AUGGACGACGGUGAACUUUCCCUUGACUCCGUUUUCACUGAGCCCUCGCGACCGCCGUCGCCCGACCCAACCUAUGAGGUCUAUCCUCGAAAAUCAAGCUCUCCAGGGGCGCCAUCCGAGCUGAAGAUUAGAUUAGUAGGCUCCCAUCCUCUAUGGGCUCAUCAUCUAUGGAAUGCAGCACGAUCGUUCGCGUCCUACUUCGAUGCCAACCCCGAUAUAGUGCGCGAUCGUUUCGUGCUUGAGCUCGGCGCAGGAGGUGCAUUGCCUGGCAUGAUCACUGUACUUAACGGUGCGCAGAAGGUUGUUCUUACGGACUACCCCGAUGAUGCACUCAUCCGGAACAUUGAGCACAAUAUCUCUCAAAACAUCCCCUACAGUAUCCGCGACAAUGUCACGGCUCAGGGCUACAUAUGGGGACAAUCGGCCACUCGACUCCUACAGUUAAAAUACGAUGUGAUCAUAUUAUCCGAUCUCAUCUUUAAUCACUCACAACACGAUGCCUUACUCAAAACCUGCACAUACUGUCUGAGCUCAGAUGAGGGAUUGGGCGGAGACUCGGGUUCAUCGGUGCAACCAUGUGUCCUCGUGUUCUACACUCAUCACCGCCCGCAUCUCGCCCAUCGUGACAUGAAGUUCUUCGAGAAGGCUCGAGACCAAGGUUGGAUAUGCGAGGAGAUUGUGACGGAGAAAUACCCGCCGAUGUUUCCGGAAGAUCCUGGGGAGGAAGAUAUUCGAGCAACAGUUCAUGGCUGGCGUCUCGUUCGGAGUACUAUUGUCAAAAAUAAAGAUGAUUAG